CUGUUUACAAAGUUAAGUAAAAAUGUACCAAAGAAGGCAUCUUUCUUAAAGCGAGACUUAGAUGCAAGAAAACAGUCAAAUCUGUAUACCCUACGUUUUCGUUUGCCUCACACUGAAAAACUGGAUGGUAGCGAAGAGUGUACAUUAUGGACCCCUUACAAUAAAAGAUACAAUUGGGGCAGAUUGUAUUUAUCACAAAAUUUUAUAUGCUUUGAUAGUAGGGUACAUCAUCUUGUUAGAUUGACGAUUCCACUUCGUAAUGUGCAUCAAGUUGAACGCGCGGAUUCAGGUGGCGCCGGCAGUUCUGGAGAUUCCGGCAGCAUACUCAUCACCACCGCGCACCACACAAGUUUUCUCUUCGGCAAUAUAUCGGACCGUGACUUCCUCGUUCACAAGAUAUCCGAACUGCUCGCCAAGUUGCCUAAGGAGAAGGCGAACCGAGCGUUGGAUAGAAGAGAGGAGGGAACUGAUUGGACGCCCCAGCCGCCACUAAUGACACUCUUCAAGACGCAUCAGACUGCUACUAUAAAACAGAUACAGCAGAAAAAGGAAAAACAAUGGGAAGAUCACAUGUCAGAAGUAGGACGCGGAGUCAGCAUGUACCAAACCACCGCGGGAAGUGAGCUAGUGUUUAACGGUAUACCGGAAUCUUUACGGGGCGAGUUGUGGAGUGUGUUUUCGGGUUCAAUUCUCCAAAAGGCGCAGAAUAAAGGCUUAUAUACAAAAUUGGUUAAUGAGGCAUUGUCUUCAAGGAAUCAGGCUAAUGAUGAGAUCGAAAGAAACCUCCACAGAUCGCUGCCUGAACAUCCUGCGUUUCAGAACUACGUUGGUAUUUCGGCAUUAAGACGUGUACUUUGCGCAUACGCGCUUAAAAACCCUACGAUUGGAUAUUGUCAGGCGAUGAACAUUGUCGCCUCGGUCUUGCUAAUCUACUGUCCUGAAGAACAAGCCUUUUGGCUGUUGGCAACUAUAUGUGAAACUCUGUUGCCUGACUAUUACAAUACAAGGGUUGUGGGUGCUUUGGUGGAUCAAGGAGUAUUGGACGACUUGACCAAAACACAUUUGCCUGAGCUGCAUGCGAAGUUGGAUGAGCUGGGUAUGAUGAAAAUGAUCUCCUUGUCCUGGUUCCUGACGCUGUUCAUCAGCGUCAUGCCCUACGAGUGCGCGGUUAAUGUCAUGGACUGCUUCUUUUACGAUGGUGCCAAAGUGAUCUUCCAGGUGACACUGACAAUUCUAGACAUAAACCGCGAGAAACUGCUAAAGUGCAUUGAAGACGGGCAAGCAAUGCAGGUUCUAAGCGAGUACCUUGAAGGCAUUUACAACGAGGAGGCUAUGGCCCUGUCCACCGAGCCUCGCACCGCUGCAAAGACGAUAAAAAUCCAAGAUUUGGUGUACCAGUCUUAUCGAUCGUACGGUGCGACCGUGAGUGGAGAAUUUAUCGAGCAUUUGCGGCUGAAGCACCGGCUACGUGUGGUGCGCCAGCUGGAGGACAGCCUGGAGAAGAACACGUUGCGUGCGUUACAGCAGGACAAGCUGUUAGAUCCCGCAGAGCUGCAGGAGCUGCUGAGUGUUAUUCGGGAAGAAUUAUUUUGGGCAAAGCGUGUACCAUGCGAACGUUUGGAAGCACCUUACGAAGCAUACAGACUCGACUACACACAGUUAAAGAACCUGUUUACUGCACUGUCACCCUGGGCAAAAGGCGAAAAUGCUGAAGCCAUUACUGCUAUGAUGUUCAAGCUGGUGGACGACGACGAGGACGGGAUGGUGAACGCGCGCGGGCUGAGCGUGGCGCUGGGGCUGAGCGCGCGCGGCGAGGCGGCGCGGCGGCUGCGCGCGCUGUACUGCGCGCAUGCGCCGCCGAUGCUGGCGCCGCACCACCUGCGCGACGCCACCUACACGCACACCGGCGAGGAGCUCGCCGCAGACGCCAUCUCCUACUUCGACAGCUUAGAGAAUCCGUCCACUCCUGAGCCGAAUGUCAAUUCAGGCAUGCAACGAUCCAUCAGCGAAAUUUGCAGCGAUGGCAAUUAUAUGGACAAGUCCACAGACAGUAACUACGGUGAGCCCGAGAGUGAAGCGGCUGCGGUGCGUGCGUGCGCGCUGGCGGGGUUGGCGGGGCCGGCGGGCGCGGGGUCGCCGGGCUCGCCGCGCGCCGCGCCGCCGCUGCCGCGCGCGCACCUGCUGCGCCUGCUGGCCACGCUGCACGGCCUCACCGAGCACAGCGGCCCGCUGUACGAGGCCGUGGCGCGCGCCGGUACAUUGCUGCUUCAAUUGGGCGAAUUAACACAUCGGCCGGAGCUAGGUCGCGAGAUAUCCCAAGACAGCCUUUUCUUAGCUGCUGCUGCUGCCAAACAACCCAUUGUUGCUCAGCUGGAUCCAAAUGGCAACAAAACGGCUGACCUAGAAGGAUCGUCGUCUCAGCUGUCACCGUCAAAGGAAAACGACCCGUCCUCCGACAGCGUGUGGUUCAUAACGCUUGAACAGUUCUUAGCCACAAUACUUUCAGAGCCUGCUCUGGAGGAGUUAUUCAAUAGGCAGGAGCCGUUACUGCCUCAGCUUGAAGCUCUUAGGCAAAGGGAUCGAUCACAGUCUUUAUUAUAG